GUUACAUAAAGUAUUUUCCACUGAUUAUUACCCUAUUGUUGCUUUAAGAGGGUUAGGCUUACGUUCAAUCAACCUCCUUGACUCUGUAAAAGAUGUAAUGGUCAAAAUAAUUAGUAGUAGAUAGUGUAACAUACCCCCCACAGCUUUAAAAUAUACUUUGUAAAUAGAUCUUUAAUUACACCAAAACUAAACUUUCGCAUUUAAGUCGGAUAUCCGGCAAAAGUCGGAAUUUGCGCGUGUUCAUCUUUUUUUUUUUCAAAUGGGUUCCAAUUUAUGGGGAAUGGUAGCAAACUUAAAACAGAGAUGCAAACAGAGUAUAGAGCGUUUGUUAAGAUAUUAGUUGAUAAUAGCCUAGCAUGCUAGUUGCUAGGACGAGUUGGAAGGGCCUAUCAGUUGGCUCGAGCGUAAGGUUGUUUACUUCCUAUGGCUUAAGAUCUAAUAAAUAUGUUAUUACUGAUAAAUUUGGUGUCCUACGUGAAAAAUAUCAUACCCCAAAGUAUCCAAUAGUUUUAUGUCAUGGAUUCUCUGGUUUCGAUACGAUAAACUUUCUCCUGGGUUUUGAGGUUGUGGAUAAAUACUUAGAGACUAAUGGAACCAAACGUCUUCUUGGAUUUGAGUUAGAUUAUUGGAGAGGUAUUGGAGUUGCAUUACAGAAGUUAGGUUGUAAGGUGUUGGUGGCGCAAGUGCCACCUUUUGGAACUAUUAAGGAUCGAGCUAAGAUUCUUGAAAUAUUUCUUGAAUUACAAUGUGAAAUGGUUAAAAGAACAUCAAAGGAAGAAAUCUCAUAUCCUAUUAAAGUUAAUUUAAUAAGUCAUUCAAUGGGUGGUUUGGAUAGUAGAUAUUUGAUCUCCAAAUUGCAAAAUAAAGGCAUUAACAAAAAAUAUCAAGUAGUUUCAUUAACUACUAUUUCAACCCCACAUAGAGGUUCUGAGGUGGCUGAUUUCUUUGAUGAUUUAGUCACAGCUGUAUCUCCUUUGAAAUUAAUUGCACCACAUGCCUUGUAUGAUUUAACCACUAAAAGUAUGACUCAAUUUAAUAAGGACAUCGUGGAUGAUCCAAAUGUCGAGUAUUUCUCAUAUGGAGCUAAGUUCGUACCCCAUCCAUUCAAUACAUUCUACUUGACUUGGUGUUUAAUGAGAUAUAGAAUAACUCGGGCUUUUAAACGUGAAAACAUAAAAGUUCCAAAGAUUGCCAUAGAGAAUGAUGGUUUGGUUAGUGUAAAAAGUGCAAAAUGGGGGAAUUACUUGGGAACUUUAGAUCAAGUUGAUCAUCUUGAUUUAAUUAAUUGGACGAAUAGAAUCCGUCUUGCGAUGGAUAAAUUUGUAUGGAAAAGGAAACCUAAAUUCAAUGCUAUAGCUUUAUAUUCGGAUAUAGUGGAAAAUUUAGCCAAAAGAGGUUUUUAAAAAUAAGAAAUGAAUAAAUAUACAUUAUAAUU